AUGAACACGGACAGAACACCUGACACCUAUGUAAUACAAAGAGUCUCGUUUGGAGAUAAACCCUCAGCUACAAUUGCUACAAUGGCCCUUCGCAAAACAGCAGAAAUGGGAAGCCAGCAGUACCCUGAUGCCGCAACGAUAGUGCAGCACAACACGUAUAUGGAUGACAUCAUAGAAAGUACCGCGGACAUUCCAACUGCACAUAAGCUAACACAAGACAUUGAGAAUUUAAUCAUCAAGGGCGGAUUUCGACUGAAGGAUUGGAUCUAUUCCCGCGACUCAAUAAAUAGUGAGAAGGCCUUACCACAUGAGCCAAACGCAGCGACAGAAAAGGUGCUAGGAGUCAUCUGGGACCCGGUCAAAGACCAAUUAUGCUUCUCAGCAAAACUCAAUUUCUGCUCCAAGAAGAAACGCAAGAUGCAGAAGCUCAACCCUAUUAGGGAUCCGAAGCUUACGUCACCACUUACGAAGCGCAUGAUAUUGUCACAAGUAAAUAGUAUGUACGACCCUCUAGGACUGGCCGGACCCUUCACAGUACGAGCCAAGAUCUUAAUGCGACAUUUAUGGGCAAGUGCUGAAAAGUUAGAUUGGGACGACCCAAUUCCAGACGAAAAUAAACUACAUUGGUCAUCGUUCUUUGACGAAUUACCCGAAAUGAAUCAAGUGAGAUUCGAAAGAUGCAUAAAACCUUCAGACGCAGUUUGCAAUCCCGUACUUAUCAUAUUCUGUGAUGCUUCAGAGGAUGCAUAUGGUUCUUGUGCAUAUGUAAGAUGGAAACGACAGGGUGGAGGAUAUGCGUGCAACUUGAUAGUUUCUAAAAAUCGUCUUGCACCCAUAAAAAAGUUGUCGAUCGACAAAGUAGAACUGUGCGGAGCAGUGCUGAGCAAACGUCUUAAAUCCUUCAUUGAUAAAGAAUGCAGAUAUACCUUUGAGAAAUGUUAUUACAUAGUAGAUUCUCAGAUAGUUCAUGCAAUGAUACAGAAAAGUUCUUAUGGCUUCAACACUUUCGCGGCUACACGAAUCGGUGAGAUUCAAGGAGGAACCAACAUCGAAGAUUGGUAUUGGUGUCAAAGUCAGUAUAACAUCGCGGAUUGGUUGACUCGGGGAAAGAAGCCAAGUGAAAUUAGUCUUCACAGUGAUUGGCAAGAAGGUCCUCCCUUCCUCAAACAACCUGAACGUUAUGGAAAAGGAAAACAGGAAGUUGUUUGCAAGGCUUGA